UUACAUUUUGAGCUCAUCUCGCAGUCUUGUUCGAGAACACAGAGAGAGAGAGAGAGAGAGAGAGAGAGCACGGGAGAACCAAAACCAUUCAGAAAAAUUUUCCUUCAUCUUCUUCCUUCCAAUCCAUGUGACGGGGAGGAAGCUGCUGUUGUUCUGAGGUAGAGUACGACGUCGUUGUGUAAUCAGUCAAAAUGGCACAGAAGCUAGAAGAGCAACUCAAAGAGGUUGGAUCGAAGCUCGACACCCCUCCUUCCUCUAAGGAUGCUCUCCUCAAGCUCUUGAAGCAAGCUGCUACUUGUCUUUCUGAGUUGGACCAAUCACCACCAGCUGCAGUGCUGGAGUCCUUACAUCCUUUAUUUAAUUCAAUUGUCAAGCCAGAAUAUCUAAGGCAUCAAGAUAGGGAUGUAAAGCUUCUAGUUGCAACCUGUAUUUGUGAGAUAACUCGGAUCACUGCACCUGAAGCUCCUUACACUGAUGAUGUUUUAAAGGAUAUAUUUCGGUUGAUAGUAGGCACUUUCAAUGGGUUAAGUGAUACCACUGGGCCAUCAUUUGGAAGGAGAGUUGUCAUUUUGGAGACUGUUGCAAAAUACAGGUCUUGCGUAGUGAUGUUGGAUCUUGAAUGUGAUGAGCUGGUGAAUGAAAUGUUCACUACAUUUUUUGCUGUUGCAAGAGAUGAUCAUCCUGAAGGGGUUCUGUCGUCUAUGCAACGGAUCAUGGCUCUUCUAUUAGAAGAAAGUGAGGAUGUCCGUGAGGAUCUUUUACUUCUUAUAUUGUCUAAAUUAGGUCGUAACAAAAGUGAACAUGGUAUGGCUGCAAGGAGGCUUGCUAUGAGUGUUGUAGAGCAGUGUGCCGGGAAGCUUGAAGCUAAAGUAAAACAGUUUCUUAUAGCAUCAAUAUCAGGAGAUAGCAAGUUGUCCAAUUGUCAAAUAGACUAUCAUGAAGUUAUCUAUGAUAUUUACCAGUGUGCUCCCCAGGUCCUAGCAGGAGUUGUUCCAUAUCUCACAGGGGAGCUGUUGACUGAUCAGCUGGACACUCGUUUGAAAGCGGUGAGAUUGGCUGGAGAGUUAUUUGCUUUGCCCGGCUCUGCUAUAUCUGAAGUAUUUCUGCCAAUCUUUUUGGAGUUUUUGAAAAGGUUAACCGAUAGAGUAGUUGGGGUUAGGAUGUCCGUCCUUGAACAUGUCAAGACUUGUCUACUCUCUAAUCCUCUCAGACCUGAGGCUCCUCAAAUAAUUUCUGCCCUCUGUGAUCGGCUCCUGGACUAUGAUGAAAAUGUAAGGAAGCAAGUAGUUGCUGUAAUUUGUGAUGUGGCUUCUCAUGCAUUAGCUUCUGUUCCAGUUGAGGCCAUAAAGCUAGUUGCUGAACGUCUUCGAGACAAAGCUGUACUUGUUAAAAAAUAUACCAUGGAGAGACUGGCUGAGUUGUUCAGAGUCUAUUGUCUGAGGUGCUCUGAUUGCUCAAUCAGUGGCAACGAAUUUGAUUGGAUUCCUGGGAAGAUUUUGAGAUGUUUUUAUGAUAAAGAUUUCAGAUCAGAUACGAUUGAAUUUGUUUUGUAUGGUUCAUUGUUCCCAAGUGACUUCCCAAUCAAAGACAAAGUUAAACAUUGGAUAAGAGUUUUCUCAGGAUUUGACAAGGUUGAAGUGAAGGCUCUUGAGAAGAUACUGGAGCAGAAGCAGAGGUUACAGCAGGAGAUGCAGAGAUAUCUAUCCCUCAGGCAGAUGCAUCAGGAAGGUGAUGCUCCUGAGAUACAGAAAAAGAUCUUAUUUUGCUUCCGAAUUAUGUCGCGCUCAUUUUCUGAGCCUGCAAAAGCUGAGGAGAAUUUUCAGAUUCUUGAUCAGUUGAAAGAUGCUAAUAUCUGGAAGAUUUUGAUGAAUUUGCUUGAUCCAAAAACUAGCUUCCAUCAAGCUUCUGCUGGUCGGGAUGAUUUACUUAAAAUACUUGGCGAGAAACAUCGGCUCUAUGAUUUUCUGGGAACUCUCUCCGUGAAGUGUUCUUAUCUUCUUUUUAACAAGGAGCAUGUGAACGAGAUUUUUCUGGAGGCUGCUGUGCAAAAAUCUGCUGGAAAUACACAAUAUAUUUUAUCUUGCAUAGACAUAUUAGUGAUACUUGCACGCUUCUGUCCAUCUCUGCUGGGUGGGGCUGAAGAAGAACUGGUAAAUUUUCUGAAGGAUGAUAAUGAAAUGAUAAAAGAGGGGGCUUUGCAUGUUUUGGCAAAGGCUGGUGGUACCAUCCGAGAGCAGCUUGCUGUGUCAUCAAGUUCGAUUGACCUAAUGUUGGAGAGACUCUGUUUAGAAGGCAGUCGUAGGCAGGCUAAGUAUGCUGUACAUGCCCUUGCUGCAAUAACAAAGGAUGAUGGGCUCAAGUCUCUUUCUGUUCUAUACAAGAGGCUUGUGGACAUGCUGGAGGAGAAGACACAUCUGCCAUCUGUGCUGCAAUCUCUGGGUUGCAUAGCACAGACAGCAUUGCCGGUUUUUGAAACUAGAGAAAGUGAAAUUGUGGAAUUCGUUAAAGACAAGAUUCUGAGGACAAAUGAUAAAACUGAAGACAAAGAGAAUGCAUCGUGGGAUGACAGGACUGAACUCAGUCUGUUGAAGAUAUAUGGAAUUAAGACAUUGGUUAAGAGCUACUUGCCUGUUAAAGAUGCUCAUCUUCGCCCCAGUAUCGAUGGCCUUCUGGAAAUCCUUAAAAACAUGCUUUCUUUUGGUGAAAUAUCAGAAGAAAUAAAGUCUAGUUUAGUCGAUAAGAGCCAUCUGAGGCUUGCUGCUGCAAAGGCGGUUCUUCGUCUUUCAAGGCACUGGGAUGAUAAGAUACCCAUUGAUAUAUUUCAUUUAACUUUGAGAAUACCUGAGAUUUCUUUUCCCCAGGCUAAGAAACUGUUUCUGGGAAAAGUUCAUCAGUAUGUGAAGGACCGUCUUCUGGAUGCAAAAUAUGUUUGUGCCUUCCUAUUUAGCAUUACAGGAUCAAAGCUUCUUGAGUUAGAAGAGGAAAAACAGAAUCUGGCUGACAUAAUUCAAAUGCUUCAGCAGGCAAAGGCACGGCAAAUCUCUACACAAUCUGAAGCAAAUCCCUCAAUAACAUAUCCUGAACUCAUUCUCUCAUAUCUGGUUCAUGCACUUGCUCAUCAGUCAUGUCCUGAUGUAGACAAGUGCAAAGAUGUGAAGGCAUAUGAACUAAUAUACAGGCAGUUGUACAUUGUUAUUUCUCUUCUGGUGAAUAAAGAUGAAGAUGUGAAGUCUGAAGCUAAUAACAAGAAAGAGAAGGAGAGCAUUUCUGCUAUGGUUUCCAUCUUUCAAAGUAUCAAGGUCUCAGAAGACAUAGUUGAUGCAACAAAGUCAAAGAAUUCACAUGCUAUAUGUGAUCUUGGGUUGUCAAUUAUUAAACGCUUGGCUCAGAAGGGCGAAGAGCUAAAAGGGCUGAGUGUUUCAGUCUCUCUGCCCCCAUCUCUGUACAAACCAUGUGAGGAUAAAGCAGGCGAUGACUCUGUGGCAAGUGAAGGACAAACAUGGCUGGCUGAUGAGAGUGUCCUUGCUCACUUUGAGUCACUGAAGUUAGAAACUGAUGGAUCAGCUAAUUCCGGAAUUGCUGAGGAUGAAACCCUGAAAGACAGCGAAAAGGAUGGGAAUGAACCACUGGGGAAGAUGCUAAAGCGUUUGAAAUCUCAAGGAGCCAAGGCAGGAAAGGGGAAAAAGAACAAAUCUUUACCAGCUGAAACAGAGAACGCUGGAAAUGAUGUAGAUAUUUUGAAAAUGGUGAGGGAAAUAAAUUUGGAUAACUUGGAAAUACCCAAGUUUGAAUCAACUAAUGGCCAUGGACCUUCUCCAAACAAGAAACCAAAAAUGGACAGAGAGCAUAAAAAAGGGGGAAAAAGAAAAGUUAAUGACGCAGGAUCUGUUCAAGUUCCUAAACGUCGUAGAUCAUCAUCUGCUCAUAGUAGUUUCAAGAUUUCAAAAAGUACUUCUAAGCUUACUUCAAAAACGCCAGGGGAUGAUUCCCAUCAAGAAAGUGAUAUGGAUGAAGACAUUUUCCCUGAUAUGAAAGACAAAACACCCGUUAGGAAAGGAAUGCCUGAGAGCACUAGCUCAGAUUUGUUGGUAUCAAGCUUCCAGAAGAACAAAAGCUUCUUGCCAAAACAUAAAGGCAAGGGUUCUAGUUGGCAUCAGAAUGAUGAGGGAGUUGAAAGUGGAGAAGCUGAUGAUGAUGAUAUGAAGAGGUCUAGUGUGCUUACAGAGAGCGACAACAAGAAUACAAAUAGUAGUUUGAAGUCUUCCACUGGAUCUGCAAAGAAAAGAAAAAGACGAAGCUUAUCUGGUUUGGCAAAGUGUUCAACUAAGGAAGAUGAAAGUAAUACUGAUGACUUGAUCGGUCACAAAAUAAAAAUCUGGUGGCCCUUGGAUAAGCAGUUUUACAGUGGGACAGUAAAGUCUUAUGAUCCUCUAAAAAAGAAGCAUGUGGUAUUAUAUGAUGAUGGAGAUGUGGAAGUGCUUCGACUGGAAAGAGAGCGGUGGGAGCUCAUAGACAAUGGUCGCAAGGCUACGAAGAAGCUGAGUUCAUUGAAGGGUUCUCAUACAGAAGUGUCACCUGGACAGAAAACCAAGAGUUUAGGUGCUUCCUGUCAGAUUAAGGACCAAUUUAAUAUUGUCAAAGGGAAGAGAACUCCGAAGAAGAAUGUAAAGCAUGGACAAAAAGGUGCACCAAAAACUAACUCCGGCGAAGCUGAGAACAACAAGGAGAGGGUCAAAAAUGCUAAAUCAAUUUCAGCCCCUAAGCCUUAUAAAGUUGACCCAAGUGACUCUGAAUGGGAGCGUCUUGAUAAACUGGAUGAGAAUUUAACAGACGGGGAGGAAUCUGACAAGAAUGUGAAGUCCCCAUCCAGGGAAAGAAGUGUGGAAGAUGCAACGGGGAGCCCGAAUUGUGAUGUGGGUUCAGAUGAUGGAAAGAAAUCAGAUUCUGAACAGAAACAUGAGAGCAUUUCUGGGGAAGCUCAGAAAUCUGGAGAUAAUGAAAAAUCCGAUUUAAAUGAGAAAGAAGCUGAAUCAAGCGAAAGCUUAAAUGAGAAGGAAGCUGGAUCAAGUGAAGGCUCAAGAGAAGAAGAAGCCCAUGAAGUUGACAAAUCAGAUUCUGAACAGAAUCAAGAAGACAAUGAGGUUGGAAGUAGACCUACAAAUGUGAAAAAAUCAAAUAGAGAGUCUUCCAUAGCUGAUGACGCCAGGAAUGCCGAGAUAUCAGAUGAUGAGCCUCUUAGCAUGUGGAAGCAUAAAGCGAUGAAGUCAAGCUCAAAAUGAGUAAGAUAGGGUCUAGGCCUUUAUACUACAGAUCCCUGGAAAUUCAGAAAGCACCGGUGCUGCUUCAGAUACAGGUACCUUAAGAGGUAGAAAAGAAGGAGAAUGAUGGGAAAUUGAUAUUGUGCACAUACUAAUAAGUAUAUAGAAUGUAAGAAAUAACAUCUGUAGGAGGGGAGUCCUAGAAAAUUAGAGGAGGAAUAUGAAGCUUGUGCGUUGAAAUGAAAUGACCUGUAACUGGCUGUAGAUUGUAAGAUUUCAUAGUUGUAAUGAUUCAGGGGGAUGUGUUACAUCCUUCUAACUGCCAUGAAAGCAGAAAUAGAUAGAAAGCCAGAAUAUGUAUAGUUUGUAUUUCAGGAUAGUUUGUGUUUUAAGUUUAAGUAAGUUUAUUCACGUUCAGCCCCUGACAUCCAUCCAAAAUGAUACUUGUUUCCCUUGUUUGCAAA